GUGGGGAGCUGUCUGCGGUGCGGUGGCUGCGGUGGGGCGCGGUACCUCCUCUUCCGGGAGCGCUGGCGGGGGCCCGAGUCGCCCCCAUCCCAGUCUCGCCGGGCGGAGGAGCUUCAUAGGGAGGGGAGCUUCACCAACGCCCCCACAGCACCCUGUGCCCCGGAGGCGGGUGCCGGAGGAGUCCCUGGCCGGGGGCCCCGCGGAGCUGGGAGGGAGUGAAGCAGGGCCGGGGGCGCCAUGGGGCACGGGAGAAGAGUGGCACCGAAUGGGCUAGCUUCUGCGCUUGCCCUCCACUUUCCGUGGGAUUCGUUCUCCAGUCCCUUCUCCACUCUCCCUCGGUGUCUAGCUAGUCAUCUCUUGGACAAGUCCCUCGACCCUUCCCAACUCCACCCCACUCCCCCAGUCCUACUCCCGGCAGAAUUAACUUUUCCUUCUCUGGGCUCCUCAAUUCUAUAUUGGAACCUCCCAUGCACUUGGAUCUCUGGGGUUGUGUUCUUGUCCUCCUGCCCUAGGUCCAGGAGCCUCCCGAGGGCGGGGUCCCUGGCUCGUCCCAUGUAGGGCCUGACACUUAAGGAAGUGAGGUAGGAAAUCCUCCGCGUCCCUAAAUAGGGAAGUCGUCACAAGAGUUUUUGUUACGGGAUGUUUAGGUUUCGUUUCUUUUGGUAGUUGCAUCUUUCCAGAUAGGGAGGCCGGCUCGUUUAUUAGGGGUGGACUGGAAUAAUUGUGUUGUUGUCCGCCUAGUGUUUGUCUUUUAUUCUUGGAUGACCACGCACUUGAAGAUGCUGUUUGUGGCAUGUGGAGAAACUCCCUCGUCUUUUCUCACAUACAUCAGCAAGCUGUUUGGCAAGAAGGCUCACUUUGUGCUCAACAUUGCUUGAAUAAUCUAUUGCAAGGAGAAUAUUUUAGCCCUGUGGAAUUAUCUUCAAUUGCACAUCAGCUAGAUGAAGAGGAAAGGAUGAGAAUGGCAGAAGGAGGAGUUACUAGUGAAGACUAUCGCACAUUUUUACAGCAGCCUUCUGGAAAUAUGGAUGACAGUGGUUUUUUCUCUAUUCAAGUUAUAAGCAAUGCCUUGAAAGUUUGGGGUUUAGAACUAAUUCUCUUCAACAGUCCGGAGUAUCAGAGGCUCAGGAUCGAUCCCAUAAAUGAAAGAUCAUUUAUAUGCAAUUACAAAGAACACUGGUUUACAGUUAGAAAAUUAGGGAAACAGUGGUUCAACUUGAAUUCUCUCUUGACGGGUCCAGAAUUAAUAUCAGACACAUACCUUGCACUUUUCUUGGCUCAAUUACAACAGGAAGGUUAUUCUAUAUUUGUUGUUAAGGGUGAUCUGCCAGAUUGUGAAGCUGACCAACUUUUACAGAUGAUCAGGGUCCAACAGAUGCAUAGACCAAAACUCAUUGGAGAAGAAUUAGCACAACUAAAAGAACAGAGAGUCCAGAAAACAGAUCUGGAACGAGUCUUAGAAGCAAAUGAUGGGUCAACCGUGUUAGACGAAGAUGAGGAAGAUUUGCAGAGGGCUCUGGCACUAAGUCGCCAAGAAAUUGACAUGGAAGAUGAAGAAGCAGAUCUCCGCAGGGCUAUUCAGCUCAGUAUGCAAGGUAGUUCCAGAAGUAUAUCUCAAGAUAUUCCACAGACAUCAGGUACACAUCUUACUUCAGAAGAGCUCCGGAAGAGAAGAGAAGCCUACUUUGAAAAGGGUUACUGCAGGCCUGUCGGCACAGGGACGUGGGGACAAACCAUAAAUCUGAAUCAUCAGCUCCCAAAACCCAACUACACUAUGCAGCAGCAGCAACAGGAUCCACCGGGGCAGCUUUCACAACCAAGUGAGAGGCCGACCACAAGUUCAGGAGCACCAGGCAGUGAUCCAGGAGAUGCUAUGAGUGAAGAAGACAUGCUUCAGGCAGCUGUGACCAUGUCUUUAGAAACUGUUAGAAAUAAUUUCAAAACAGAUGGGAAAAAAUAAUACCUUUUACAAAUCAUUUAUUCAUACUUUCCAACAUUAUUAUUCUGUGUGGUUACAGCAUAGAGGGUCCAUUUUAGUAAUGUGUCAAACAAUGUUCAACAGAGGAGAUAAGACUUUUAGGUGGUUUGCAACAAAAAGAUGAGAAAGUGGAAAAAUGAGUCAAUUGUAGGACUAAAUAGUGAUCCUCCACAAAGACUAGCCAAAGAGGCAUUUAGCAAUUAAAGAAAUUUAAAAUAGUUUUCUAAAUGUUCCUUUUUCUUUUUGAGUGUGCAAUAUCUAACAUGUCUAAAAUUAGGGCAUUUUUCUUGGAUCUUUUUGCAGACCAACUAAUUAGCUCUUGCCACAGAACUUUUUCCAUACAUGUUCUUCUCAUCCUUUCUGUUCGGGUUGCUUGACUCACUUUCCGUCAUCUCAUAGUUGCUUUUCUUUCUCAUUAAGCAAGUUAACCAUUUAGGACAGUGUCUCUUUUCUGUGUUGAUAGUAGUAACGGUUCCAGGAGGAUUCGCUGCUUUCCUUCCAGUUAUGUGGCUUGCCCUUGGAUGUUUUCUCAUGUUAUUUCUCUGAUCACAAUUUCUUUGCUACUUGGUUUUCCUUACUUUUCUACAGCUCUUUUGAAAGAUGGUAAUCUUUCUUGAGGUUUUGCUUUUUGAAGCCCUCUAAGAUGGGAUCAUUAGUUCAUGAUACUGGUGCAUUCUGAAACUCUGAAAUCAACUCUGCACAAGUAUUUGAGAAUAAAUGAGAAUUUUUUUUUAAUGUGUGAGCACAUCCUUUUCCAGAUGUUUUAUGAAUGUCUUCUCAGUUAUGUUAGACCGUCACAGCUCUGCUGAGACCUUUUCUCCUGCACCUUGAUAUUUCCUUUUCUCCAGUUGAGAAAAAUAGGAGAAGCACAGUAUGCAAGCAAGUUUCCUUCUGUGUCAGACUUAACAAAUAAUACCCACCAUGAAUGUAUAAGAGACAAAAUUUGGCUUUCGAUUUAGCGGCAGCUUCAUUUUAUUCUCUCUUGUCUGGUUACGGUGGAGUCACGGAACGUAGAUGUCUGCUUCUGCGUAUCUUGUAGUAGGUAUCACUCACCAGAGAUGAUGCUCUGGAACAUGAAAAUAAUCUACUAACAAAAGUACAUUUACAUUUAUACUGUGUUUUGACACUCACAUCAUGUUUAAGUAGCUUAAGAAUUACAGAAGUCACACAGUACUUAAUGGGUCUGUAAAUAAAGCCUUUAGUUUUGAUAUACAUUCUUUAAUUGGGAUACACAGAGAGUUUCUUGCUGGGUUGAUACAGUGGUAUGAUUUUGGUGAAAAUUAACUAUGUCUCUCUGAGAUGGACAUUUCGGAUUCUGUCACUGAUUUCCCAUCCCUCAUUCUCCACGCCCUUUGAAGCCGUUUGGAAUGUUGAAUUGUUCAUAAGCUAAAAGUUAGGAAAUUUCAGCCAACAACAUAGAAAAUUAAAGUAUGAUGUGUUGCCAUGACUAGUGUAUGGCUGUACACAUUUUAUCAGGGAAGUUUUUUUGACCUAGGAUUUAUUGCCGAGGUGAAAAGAGAUGAAAAAAUGCCUUUUAUGAUUAUGAUAUAGCUUUUUUUUUUUUGGAUAGAGACAGAUUUUUUUUUAGUCAUUAUUUUGUGCCAAAUAACAUUUUCUGAAGUUUCCCUUGCAAAAGUAGACCACUUUAAAAUCUAAAGUUUUCUUUUGAGAAUCGAAAAUGUUUCAGAAGAGUUCUAAAACUUUAGAAUUGCAAGGGAUGUUGGAGUUUAGUACUGCUCCCUCAAGAUUUAUAAACCAAAAUAUUUUAAGAUUGAACUUUUCUGUAGUUGUCCCCAAUAUGCUUGUCCUAUUUUCCAUGGAUAUUAGUUUUUACCUUGUCCCAUUGAAAAAUUACAUUAAAUUUUUCAUACACUUGAAUGGAUGAGUUACCUAAUAUAAAAAUGAGAAAAGAAAUAUGCAUUUGAAAGUUUUAACCUUAGAGUUUAUAAAGUUCUUAUAUUACACGCCUUUAUUAAAGCACUUAAGGAAAUAUGGCAUGUUGACCUUCACUUAGGGAUUUUUUUUUUUUUUUUUUUUUACAGCAGAGCUGAGCACACACUGGAUACAUUUGAAUGUGUUUAUUUAAUUUCUUAUGAAUGUUGCAUUUGGCAGGCCGACCCAGAAUGACUAGAGAACUGCCAACUUGUUUGGAUUGGCUUAAACUUAAUUUAGAUUCCAUUCCUUAAUUCAUUGGCCAGUAUGAAGAGAUGCCAAUGCUCAUAACUACAGUAUCAGAAAACUUAGUUAUACAAAGGUAUAGUUCACACAUCAGGAACUGUUAUUUACUGUAAACAACCUGCAAGAAAGUUAGAAACAAUGAAAUUCACGAUAACUGUCUGCUAAGAACUCUAUAUAAAGAAUUCCAUUCUGUUUCACCAAUUGGGAACACCUUAAUGUUUAAUAUUUAAACUGUUGGUGUCAUUUUUCUAAUGUAUAAAUUGUGUUACCAGGAUAAAAUACGUACAGUGGUGAUGCUAGCGUUUAAACAAGUUUUGGAAACACCACUUUCAUAUUUUGAGAUGCCAUGGAUAUAAUAAGUAGUUAUUUAUGUUUUAAAAAUUCACAGUAGUUAAAAGAAAUUAACAGUAGUUAACCUCUGCUCUAAAACCAUCAAACAUUUUUUACAGUAAUUCACAUACAAAUAUUUCAGUAAUGUAAAUUGAAAAGAUUGCUGCAGGUAAACUAUUUAAACUUUUAAGAUCUUGGUCAAAUAAUUUACAGUCCAGAAUAUUUAAGGAGGUGCUUUUUUCUUUCUUUAAAACUUUAUUUUCCUUAAUUAAGACUUUAUUCAUGCCAAAGUUAGUAAGGAAAAAAGUUCAAAACUACCAAUAGUCUGUGUUUUUUUCAUUUAAUAUUAAGUUGAAUAAAGUAAAUUUUAUUCCUGUCAGAGCCUAAAUCACAUUUUGAAUGUCUGCAUGUCUGAUACUCUUUUUAAAUAGUAUCAUGCUAGUGCCAAGAUUUAUUAAAUGUCUUAAAAUUGGCCUAUUGGUCCCAUGCAAAUUUAAAGAAGAUUGAGUCAGGGCAUAAGCAAAAUAUAGUGACAGAAAUUAAAAUAUCUCCAGUUGAAAUAAAUCUCAAUGUUUUUAAAUUCUCAAGAGAACUCAAUAAUUAAUAUUGAUGACUUCCUAUUUAAAACUUUAUGUGCAGCUGGAGAGCCCAAUGACCACUGCCCUGAAAGUAAAUAGUUUGUUGUAUCUGGGCCCUAACAACUAUGGAGAUAUUAUAUAUGUGAUCUUAAUUAAGAAAAACAGAUUGGAUCACCUAAUCAUUUCAGCAGUGUCAAUAAUUUUUCAUAUUUUCAAAAGAAAAACUUUCCUUUAUUCCUGGUCCCUUUAUGAAUCAGCUUCUUUUGCUAAAAAGAUGAACUGGCUUGUAUUAAGUCUUAUAUUAGGGAAAACGCUUUGUUCCAUUUUACUUUUAUGAAUGAAAAGAUUAUUGACAUGGUUAAUUCUUGAAUUUUGACUUUUUUUUAAUUUGAAGAAAAUCUUUGCUAUUUUUUUUCCAAAAUGUUCUGACAUUUUAAAAAUUGAUGCUAGUAACAUAAUUUCUAAGUUUACAGUAAUUGGCAUGUUGAAUUAACAAUAGUGUAUCAGUAAAUAUUUUAAUUAAAACUAUGGAUUCACAGACAAGGAAUGGGAAGCAAUAGUGAAAUAUAUGUGAAUAUUCCUAAUUCGUUUAGGAAGCACUUCACCUGUUUCUUGCAUAGAUCAAAGGCGAAUGUCUCCAGGAGCUUUUUAAAAUUUUUUUAAAGAGAAAAAUAUACAUUUGAAUGUGAAAAAUUAAUUUCUAUAACACUGGACUACUAGAAAGAACUUUGUAAAAAUUACUAUUCUGUAUAAACUAUUUGAAAUUCAAGUACGAAAAACACCUGAAAGAGCAUUGUCUUUUGGCCAUGACACCAGUGCUCUGUGGCAGUGCCAUUUGCUCAGGACCCAACUCUGCAGCCCUCUCCGUGUGUGCCCCCCUCCAAGUUCUGUUGCGGUUACUACACACACAGGCCUUCCUCUCUGGUCCGUAGAAAAGCCGGGCUUCCAAAGCACUGUUGAACACUGAGGAUUCUAUUGUUAAUGUGGAUGUUCCAUGAGUUGUAUUUUAAAUAUCAAAGAUUAUUAAAUAAAGAUAAUGUUUGCUUUUUUA